AUGAAAUCUGCAACAGCACGAGGUCUCGACAGUUCGAAACAUGCGAUUGCAGAUCAGAAUGAGAGGCAAAAGAUCAUCAGCGAUGUAUCGGUUAUUUCACAACCUACUGGAACAAAGCACCAGAAAAUCUCGGGAAAUAACACUAAGCGAAGAGGAAUUCAUCGAAGAAAACGAACAUCGCGUUAUUCUGCCAUGAGUACGCUUGAGAUACCUUUAAUUGCAGCUGAAAACGGGUAUACCCAAUCUGAAGUUGUUUUUAGAUGUACGGGAAUGCAAUCUGCAAUUCGGGAUAGCAAUAAUUUGAAAUGGGAAGUAAACGAUGUAUCAUGCGCAAUGAAUUCAGAACUUCGUAAUUUUUGGGAACGUCAAGACAUGGAAUCUGACCGUAAAAAACGCAAUAAGAAUAAGCAUAAGCUGAAAGAUUCUUCGUUUCAUUUGGUAGCGUUUACUGCAAGUACUUCCGUAACUGAAGAAUAUGCAAAUGCUGUUGCAAGCGAUAGUGAGCCAGAUGUGAUAUCAUUAAGUGACAAAGAAGAAAGGGAAAAUCGGGAAGCUGGUACUGAAUUUGCUUUGCUCGAACAGGGUGAUGAUUUCAAUAAGCAGUUACAAACAUCGCCAUUGAUCGAAAAAGAAGUUCCAAAAUGUUUAACUGCUUCUGAAGAAUUAGAAAGGAGAAGAGUUCUAGAUAAUGCGAUUUCUAGAAAAAUUGAUAAUGUCAAUGUUCUAGAAACUGGGGGCAUUGCAGCUGAAAAAAUAGAUGAUUGCAAUGGGUUUGAUGGAACAGUGGAACAACUUUCGGGAUUAAAUCAGAGCAUAAAGCUCAUUAGAACUGCCAGUAGUAAUCUAACUGCAAGAAACAAAGAACAAAUGGAAGUGGAUAGAAAUGUCUGCAGAGAGAAGAAACACUUAGCCACUGAAGUACCACUGAGGGACGGUCCGCUUUUCAUUCAAAAAGAUUCCUUUGACAAACUUAAUUUAAUGCCUGGAACGCAUAAAUUUGUUCAAAAUGGCAAAGUGGAGUUGAAAAUUGAUAAGCCACAAGGGAAAGAUUUCAUCCAAGUUACAUUAUUUGAAUGCUGCGGCCCGUUGGAAGAUCCCAAGCAGGUAGCUCGAGGUGGAUACAAGAUAUGUGCAUCAGUUGUAUUACAUGAGAAUACAUCUAUUGAAGUAAUGCGCCAAGCUCUUAUUGAUUUAGCUGAAGAGCUGGAGCAAAUAUCUCGUGACUCCUUUUAUUCUGGCGAGAAGCUACCCUAUCCUGUAAAUAAAUACUCUUUGCCUUAUUUGAAGAAACAGUACAUUUAUCCACUAAAGAAGAAGUCUUCACGUUUUCCACGAGCUAUCUACUAUUGUGGAUUAUGCCAGUAUCACAUAUGUUCGGUUCCUCAAGCAGUAACACAUUUCUUAUCACGUGAGCACAUUGAUAAUAGGGAGAAGGAAGACUCGCUAAAAAAGUUGGAAUGUUUACCAGUACCGGCUAGCGAGCAAAUGUCCAAAAUAGAUCAAAUUAUUCAAGAAUUAUACGUUUCUGCGAAGCUUUCGGAUAUACAGUAUGAAGUCGGAUCACAAAUUGCAAACUUGUUAUCACAUCUUUUGCAAAAUGAAGCCCGUAAAAAUUUUUCGGUGAUGGUGUACGGUUCAUAUAUGACGAGACUAGCUACUGUACACAGCAAUUUGAAUUUAGCAUUGAAUUUCCCUCAAGAAUAUUCACUUGGUCACGCAUUAUCACGGGUCAUGGAAGUUCUAAAUAAUAUAGCAUUAGAGAAAGAUUUUAUUGUUGAUUCUAUAACUUCCGAUCUCCAACGUCCAGAUCCUUCGGUUCACUGCAUUGUAAACUCCGUUGCAGUUGUUAUUACUGCAAACUGCAUUCGACAGCAGCGUGCUACGCAACUUAUUAAUUUGUAUUGUGCGAUUUGUUCACAGUUUAGAAUUCUUGCUACUGUCUUUCGUUCAUGGGCUGAGCUCUGUUCGUUAACCAAUGUACAGUUGGGCGGUUUGCCAAAAUUUGCUUUCGAUAUCAUAUUAAUUUAUUAUCUACAGCACAAGGGAUUACUUCCUUUCAUCUUCGAGAUCCUAAGUGAAGAAGAAAUACUACUACUAGACAGUGAAAGUCUCCAAUUUGAGCAUCAAGUGGACAGGAUAAAUACUAAUUUUGGCACUGGCAAUGAAGAAUGGAAUUUCGGUGAAAUUUGGAUUGGUUUAUUCCGCUACUACGCUAUUGAACAUCCUGUUGAAGAAUUGAUACAAAUACGUUGGAGAAAACGAUAUUUGGCAGAGGACUACAUACGAUGGAAUAAGAAACGGCUUGCGGUUGAAGAUCCAUUUGCUUCUGACCACAUAAUGCAACCGCAGCAACGCAUUAACAGUUAUUUCUCAAGCUGCUUUCUGUCUACUUAUAUUUAUUUUGCUUUACCACGCACUGUGGUUUGUUCGCUAAUUCCGUAUUCUGUUAUAAAGCCCGGAAGUGUUGAUAUACAGUUGAAAAAGAGACGGAAACGCAGAUCGAGAAAAACCACUAUAUUGAACGAUUCCUGCACUGAUGAAACUGCACCAAAUAAUGAUGAGCAAGAUAAUAAGACUGAUUCGGAUGAUAUUGAAACGAACAAGAUGCAAAUCACAGAGGCCGAUAUGAAUAAGCAAGAUUUUGAUGGACUAACUGAAGCUGGAUUGGAAACCAUGACGCAAGUCCGGACAAACGAGAACGAUGAGAAUUCGUUGGCAUCUGGGAAAUGCCAGGAUUUGGAAGUAUUAGUUUCUGAUUGCGCUGCCUUACGUCUCGAUUUGAAUACAUCUCAUAAUGAUCUGCAAAAAGAUGAUAUUGAUGAAACAUAUUAUGACAGUAAUGUGACGUUAACUUCCCAGCAGUAUAAUAUUCACUUCUCCGAACUUCAUUUACAAAUGAAAGAACUCGAAGUCGAAUUGCCACUGACUACCCAAGAUCUACAUGUCACAGAAGAAUAUGACGGAAAAGAAUUGGCCGAAGCUAGGCUUGCAAGUGCUUCAGUUUUGAAAAUCAAAUUUCAUGAUUAUGACGAAAUGUCUAUUCGCAAGUUAUGGUUGGCUUUAAAUAGCAGUGAAUAUAAUUAUUCGUGGGCUUUGCACUAUUUCACUGGCGGAUUGGAACCAAUGGUACGAUGCACAUGUUGUGGUGCAGAUGGUCAUUUGCGAGAUAACUGUCCUGAACUUAUGAUUCCAGAACCCAAGAAUUUUCCACCAUUAACUAAUGCACAAAAAAAAAUUAUUAACCUUGUUAUCUUCGAUAUUUUUAAUACAAUGCGAAUAAGACCCUAUUAUGUGCACAGUAUGUCAGCUCUGUGUCGCGAACUUGAAGGUUUCCUUCGCCGUUUCUAUCGUACUGAUUGUCAUCUCUCAUUGUUCGGUUCAGCUGGAAAUGGAUUCGGUCUUUUAGGUUCAGAUGCCGAUAUUUGCCUUCGAUUUGGAAGAGGAGUGAGGCCUGAAGAUAUCGAUUCUGCGGAAGUCAUAUGUAGGGUCGCUGAAGUAGUUCGUAAGAUGCCUGGCAUUACAUUUGUUUCCGAAAUUCCGCAUGCUAAAGUACCAAUCGUGAAGUUUCGUUGCCGUAAUCAUCUUGAGGCAGAUUUGUCACUAUACAAUGUGCUAGCAUUAGAGAAUACACGUUUGUUGCGAACAUACAGUAAGCUUGAUGAACGAAUCCACAAGUUAGGAAUAAUGACUAAAAUAUGGGCUAAAAGCUGCGAAAUUGGAAAUGCAUCGAAAGGAAGUUUAUCAUCAUAUUCGUAUAUCAUUAUGCUUAUUCACUAUCUUCAACGAACAAAUCCACCAGUUGCUCCAUUCCUCCAAGAAAUAGCACCGCCUGGAAGAUGUAGGAAACCAGUAAUAAUUGAUGACUGCGAUGUGUACUUUUGUAGCUUUGAAGAUUUGGAAUGGACAGUUUACAACCGAUCAACUGUUGGGGAACUGUGGAUAGGCUUUUUGGAUUAUUUUGGAACGAAAUUUGAUUUUACACAAGAAGUUGUACAAAUUCGACAAACUCAGCGGCUAAUGAAGCUGGACAAAGGCUGGCAGUCUAGACCUAUUGCCAUUGAAGAUCCAUUUGAUCUCACCCAUAAUCUUUCCUCAGGUGUUCAUUCCAAAACAAUGGCAUAUAUACAUAAAUCAUUUAUACAAAGUCGAGAGAAAUUUAGUACCGUACCCGUCCCAAACUCAAAACUAAAUCACAAUUCACUUAUAUUUUAUGCGUCUGCUUUGCUUUCAAGCUGUCGUGUCGGCAAUGGUCCUCCAUUAGAUCGCAAAUGUUGCCACCGAUGUCGACAAAUUGGACAUUUUGUAAUGGAUUGUCCUCUGGGAAUGAAAGAUAAGAAACAUAACAAACUCUUGCUUGCUGUUACCUGGAAUUUCUCACCAGUCUUAGAAUCAAAAUCAAUAAAACAUUUGACAGAGAAGACUGAUUGA